AAGUCAAAAUACUACUAUGUUCCAUCCCCGCACCGCCCACUGACCCCGUACUACCCUCACCCUCUGUAAGUAAUCGACGGCUCUAUAACUACUUUCUCGAUGGCCCACAAGUAUUGAUCCUGAAACUGUACGAAAGUAAGAGCAUUCCACACGCGGCGGACUUUUUUUUUCGGACUCCUACGAACGUUCACAUCAGCCUUGUUGUGCUCUUCAAAUCACUACCCCCGAUUGGCAAAACUACGACCAAUGAAAGAAAAGAAAGAUGAGAUCGUCUGGCACUAGUGUAGAGGAAAACUUGUAAAGUAAAGGUGGUAUUAUAUUGCUGUAUACAUAGCUUGCUGUUGCGCUAUUUUUAAGCGAGUGCGUUAAUCAUUAUCGCAACUACGACUAGAAAUUGGCGCGAGUCGCGAAGUCCUUAGACGAGCAAUUAUCCACUUCUUUUUACUCUUGAUCAUAUUCGUAUGGAUGUGUCAGAGUUGAAAUCGACAAAGCUGAAAUAAUUUGCCAUGCAUAAAAUGGACGCCAGUUGGAAUCCAGUUUCCAAUUGGCGCAUGACAAAUUUCGGUGGUCCCUAAAUCCAGUUUGUCAUGCUGUUUAGGCAAAGAAGAGCGAUUUUCGCAUGCUACUUUAGCAGCUCGAGCUGUAGCCCCAAACAGGCUUACAAUCGGCCUCACUUGCCUGCUCUGCAACACACGUGCCGCGGGUCAUGCAUUUUAUGCAUUACAAACUAUUUCAACUUUGACGAUUUCAAACCUGACAGUUCCAUAAUUCGUAAGGUUUCGCUUUCCAAAUCCAACCAAUCUACGAACCAAAAAUCAAAAAACAGGGACAUCGGACCAAUGCAGGCGAAUGGAAGAAGCAUCUAGCAUGGCUCCUAAGCACUACAAGUAGAAUGACGGCACUUUUUUUAUUUGUCAGUUUUGACGAGGAACAUCACAACUUCUCGGGAGGAGAAGUGAGUUUUUCAUACAUUCGGCGACUUGGAUAGCUUCAAAAGACUAUUAAAAGCAGUCCUCUCUGCUCUCGGAGUCGGUGUAUUUCAUCUAUAGUUGUCUGGGUCCAAUUCAUUACUUAUUCUCUGCUGUUCACAAAGAAAGUUCGAGAUUUACUACUAGAAGUGCUCUUUUUUGUAAUUAAGUUUGUUGUACCGCGACGACGCUCCAAUUUCUUGCAACUACUGUAGACUACAGACUGCCAAAGAAUAAAAGCUGCUGCUGUAGGCUCUCCUGACGAGACGGGUCUUCUGCAUUUACUGUCAAGUGCAACCUUCCCGAAAUCAAGAACCCUCAGCGACGCACCAGCAGCCUAAAAAAACUUGCGCUCAUUCGGAGCAAAAUUUCUUCACUUCUCUAGUGGUGUAUCUAUAUCAUUCGGCCAAUUUUGUAAGGAAUUUGUGCGACGAGCAGGGCGACACAGACACUCCUCAUCCGAUUUUCGAAAAAAGAUAAAGCUACCUUGUAGUACGUGUGAGUAAGGUUGUACUUCUGUUGAAGCAAGUAUGCUACACCUAAAAGAAUAAGCCAUUAUUUACGCAGUGUUUACGUUUAAGUUUAAGUUUAAGAGUGGUUAGAGUUUAGUAUCUAUUGGGACCUG